AAGGGGGCCAAAUACUUUCGCAAGGCACUGUAGCUCUGGUGAGUCAACCCUAUAACCCCCAUAACCCUGUGUUUCAGCUGGAUGUUCUCUACCUCUGUGUGUCUAUAACUAAGAUGGCUGCCAUGUCUCUGAACAGCACUCACCCUGGCACUCCGUCUACUGUGGUCACCAAGGAGCUGGCCAGCCUGUGGCACAUCAUGCCCAAGCAGGAGAGGUGUGUCUACUGUCUGAAGGCUCGUCGCUUCAGCCGCCAGCAGAACCAGACCGUAAGGAGUGAGCUGGUGGAGGGAGAGGGAGACCGGGAGGAAGAGGACUGUGUACCCACCCCCUCCACAUGCUGCUGGCCCAGAGAGACCCUUGUGCUGCAGCCAGAGGAGGCUCAUAGAGAAGCUACCUCCUGACACUGACCCUUCACUGACCAUAUGCAUCUAGCAUUGGAUGUCCAUAUUUAUAUCUGUGUCCAUAUUCAAAUAAACACUGUUUAUUUAAGUCUUACUGUAUGAGUUAAUUAUGGAGUUCGUUGGAGGUUAAAUUAUAUUCACAAACGCAGACACUUAAUUCUGUCUUGCACGCCACAUUUGAACUGUUACUUAUUGUUUUCUACUUCAAGUUGAAAUAUAUUUAUACAAAAUGUUCAAACUUGAUUUUAAAGAUAUAAUUUUUACUUGGGAGUUUUCUAUUUACAUUAAGU